AUGCGUACUAGUAGGCAUAAGAGUUCAACUAGUUUAAUAAUUUUGAAUCUAUUAUUACUAUUAGACUUUUCAGAGUUCUCGCAAUGGCUGAAUUUUUUUCUCUAGACAACCUAGACAAGCUUAUUGCUAAAUCUCCAGAUAAAUAUUUUACCGUUGACGAAAAACGCUUUCUUCUUUCAUAUAGAGAUAAAGCUAAUAACAUUAGAGAUACUACUCUUAAUGGCAUAUUGCAUCAUAUGUACUUAAAUGUCGUAUAUUGUGAAGGUGAGACUGUUGAUAUAGUCCUAAAAGUGAUUAAGGAACUUAAAUUGGAUCUCUGGACUAUGUUCAAGAACAAACUUCCAUUAGACGACUUCGACAUUUCUCACAAUUGUCUCACAGUCAAUCCCAAAGCAUUCAUCAGUAUAACAGAAGCAGGAGCCUCUAACGGAAUAUUUCUAAACGAAAACUUUUAUGGUUGCUCCGACUUUAAAUUGUAUUUGGAUGAUGAAGGCUACCUUAAGUGGGCCAAAAAUUGGAAUGGUAUUUCUAGAAAUCCUCUCAACUUCCGUGCGAUUCAGGUUCUGGAUCUUCAUAGUCAGUUUGAUAAAUCUGCAGUGUUUGAAAUGGCCGUGCGAGUACUCUGGAGCUCUAUUCCAGAUGCCCUUCUGACCAAGACCGAUAUUUUCAAACUUUUUGAGGGGAUCAAUCCUAAAAACUAUCCGAAGAUAAAUGACAUAUGGCAAUGGUACUGCAAUCUAGUGAAUUAUGAGGAAACAUCUGAUAAGCGUCCGAGAUCUUUGAAACACCUUUCAAGAUGCAUCAUCAGAAACAGAUUAAGAGACAACUUUAAGUUGCCCGAAGGAGUGGAGGAACUGAGCGUUCCCAAACAUGUCCAGAAGUAUUUACUUCUGAAUGAUUUCUACACGAUAUAUUGAAUACUUCAACUUGGAAUCAUUUAUUCAAAGUAUUUCCUGAAAGAUAUUUAGGACUAAUCUCGAAAGGAUUUGAAUAUCUUAAUUAUGAAUUCUCCAUGUGUUAUUGUUUCCUAUGAACACACUUUUUGCGCUAUUAGUUUCACUGUAAAACGAGACAUACUUUUUCUUAUUUUUAAUAAACAGUAAGCGAUUUGUUUUUGUUCGUGAAUUUCAAAUAAAUUU